CAAGUGUCUUUCAGCAGAAGGAACUGGUCUGAUCUCUCCAGCCUGGCCAGGCAGAGGACCCUUGAGGACGAGGAAGAGCAGCAAAGGGAGCGUCGACGAAGGCACCGGAGCCUGCUGUCCUCCACAUCGACAGAUGAAGAACCUCUCAGCCCUGCGAAGGACACCAGCCCAGCUUCCAGCAGACCUCAGUCUCUGGUGAAGUCAGUGUCUUCAGAGGAUGGGGAAGAGCGAAAGCCUCUGGAGGUGCUGAAGACACAAGAAGGGAGAAGGACAAGGUGCCUGCAGCCUGUCUCGGAGAAGCUGAGACAGGAUAAGGAGCAGCAGGAGCCAGGAGUGAAACCACGCACGAGGCAGAGGAGCAUCCAGGCUGCAGAGAGGGAUCAGGAUGCAGCCAAGGGCAGAAAGGACCCACCAGGAGACCAGAACCCAGAGCCAGCCCCUGAGAGGAAGGUGGUGGUGAUGAGGGGAAGGUUCCAGGAGAAAGAAGAGCAAGGUGUGGGGACUCCUCACGGGGAGCAGAGAAAGGAGGUUCAGGGCCCGCCUGAAGUUGGCACCUGCCGCCUCCGGGAAGUGAAGAUCCUGACCAGGCAGGGAAGUCGCAGCACAGAGGAGAAGACAACCUCAUCUCUGGACCAGCAGCAGCCACCCAGGAAUCCCUCAAAGCAGGUAAUCCAGCUGUCUCCCACCCAAGCUGAACCUGCAGAGAAGCCAGACCUUUCUGCAACUAAUGUCACCUACAGCAGCUCCAUCAGAAGAACCAGCCCAAGGACUGUCUCUUUCCGGGUCAUCGCAAGAAAGCAGAAUGAGGAAAGCCAAAGUCCUCUCACAAGGAGUGCCAGCCUGAGGAUCCCUGGCAGCAGCAACACCAUUGGGGAGAAGCUGGAAAAGUACAACUCAGCUGUGCAGCGCUCGGAGGGGGCGAAAUCCUCGGUGCCUGUGCAGAAGAGCCGUUUGCUGCCCUCGGAGGGAGUUGCCAGCAAGCGCAACUUCUUCGAGUCAAGUGCUCCCAGCAAAGCUGAGCCGCUGGCUGCGAGGAAGGACAACCUGAAGAUCCCAGGAUCGGUGACAUCUCGCAUCAAUCUGUGGAUCAGCCGAGCUCAGGAGCCUGCCAAGGAGGAACAGAGCAAGGAAAUCAGGAGCAUCAACAGCCUGCAAAAGCGUGAUGUGUGGGUAAAGCAGCCUGGAAACACCCCUGGAGACACCAAG